CUGUUAUCAUUGAUAUUAUUGUUGAUAUUCUAUUUUUUUUACUCUUCUUUUAAACUAUAUAAUGAAGAACACAAUUAAUGACAAUGAUGGCAACAACUAAUGAAUUUGGUCCUGAUUCUGGUGGUAGAGUUAAGGGAGUUACAAUAGUAAAACCAAUUGUAUAUGGUAAUGUAGCUCGAUAUUUUGGUAAAAAAAGGGAAGAAGAUGGACAUACUCAUCAAUGGACUGUAUAUGUUAAACCAUAUCUUAAUGAAGACAUGUCUACAUAUGUUAAAAAAGUACAUUUUAAAUUACAUGAAAGCUAUAACAAUCCUAAUCGUAUUAUGACUAAACCACCUUAUGAACUCACUGAAACUGGUUGGGGAGAAUUUGAAAUAGUUAUUAAAAUAUAUUUUCAUGAUCCUAAUGAACGUCCUGUAACCAUAUAUCACAUAUUAAAACUUUUUCAAACAACACCUGAGAUACAAUUGGGAAAAAAAAGUUUAGUGUCUGAAUUUUAUGAAGAAAUAGUUUUUCAAGAUCCAACAGCUUUAAUGCAACAUUUAUUGAAUUCUAAUAGACCUAUAACUCUUGGUGUUUGGCGUCAUAAUACAGAUUUUGAAGCUAAAAAGGAAUCUACAAUGAAAGCAAUAAUAGAAGCAAGAAAUAAAAUAAGAUUGGAAGUCAUAGAUCUUAAGGAAAAAUUGACAUUAGCAAAGGAAACAAUUGCUAAAUUCAAAGAAGAAAUUGCUAAGAUUUCUAAAGCUGGUGGAAGUUUGUCUGUUGCAUAAUUUAAACAUUAAAAAAGUUUUUUAAAUGUAUUAUAGCAUAAAGAAGAUAAUAAAAAAAGCACAAUAGUUUUUAUAAUUAAUUAAUAUAUAACAUAGCUUUAAUAUGAAAUGAUUACAUAAAUAGAUUAAAAAAUAUAUACAUAUAUAAUAAAAGUAAAAAAUAAUAUAUAUAAUAUAUUUUUUAAAUAUAUGUUUUAAUUGUUCAAUAGUAUUUACUAAUAAAUUUUCUGUAAAUACAUAGGAUUAGAAAACAAAGCAUAAAUUUGAUAUCAUAUAUAUGUGUCUGCAUAUAAUUAUGAUUUCAUUUUGCUUUUUGAAAGUGCUUAGAA